AUGCCCUUAAACGAUUGCGCUCAGAAAGUCAUUUUUUUCCAUGAACUUGCGCACCAUAUCAGAAAAACGAAAGGGGGCUUCUAUGAUAUUAACCAAAAAACUCCAGACACUAAAAGCACAAUAUUUAAAGGAGCUCCAGGAGCGAAAAAAGCAACUCAAUUGCGAUCUACGAAUGAGGGUGGCUGGCAGCUGGAGUCUGAACUCUUCUCUGUAUUUUUUGUAAAAAUUUGUGACAAACAAAUUAACUUUCUCAAUAUAAUUUCAAGUUGGAACUUACCACUUCAAGAGUUCAAAUACUGGCUGAGGAACGCAUAUUCAGAGCAUUCAAAUAAAUAUCAAUUGGGAAGAGGCAAGGAUGGGCUGUACUCUUUAGAGAGAAGGGUCAUAAUGAUAAUUAAAUACGUAAUAAAUGUUUUUCACAUUUUUUUUUAAUAAUAAGUGAAUAUGUUUUCAAAUUUAAAUAGUAUCCUGCUUGAUUAAUAUAAUAUGUUGGAAAAAUUUAUAUUCGGAUCAUUCAGACAGUGCUAAGUGGGAAAAUGGCGAUGGGUCAUAACGAUAAUAAAUUUGACUAA